UUAUUAUUUCUGAUGACUGUGAGUUUGUGUUUUUGCUCUUGUGUAUAAAGUUUCAUCUUAUAUCAGUAAAAGGUUCAGGUGUAGAUUUGAACACAAGGUGGCGUUUUAUAUAGUGAUGCUUUAUAGACGGUUUCAUCGGACGCACGUGAUACAUGUCUGGAUCCGAACCUUACUUCCGGUUUUGUUUUUUUAAUGGUCAGACUAGUUGCUAAACUGAUCUCUUGAACAAAUGCCUCGUCCAAAAUAACAAAUGUUUUGGUUUCCUAGGUAAUCUACAUGUUGUUGUUUUUGCUUGUUAUAUAAAUAAACUACGUUUAAAGUACUUUGUGGUUAUUUAUUAUUAGCGGAGUUUGCCGGAAGUUACGUGCGGACCGCGACAGCCGCUUUUUUAUGUUGUUACUGCUGAAAAAAAAACAAAAUGUUGUUACUGCUGAAACCGUCUAUAAUCUGUUUCUGGCUAGAUGGGAUACAGCUACGACCAAACCUCGCGAGAUGUUGGGUUUGGGGGUAGGAUUAGAAUGAAAACACGAUUUCACGAUAUUUUGGCCGUAGCUGUGUCCCUUCUAGCCACAACUUUCUCCCCUGAUUGUCUUCAUGUUGCUUCAUGUGUGAUGAAGUUUUGACUCGUGUUAAGGUAAACAUCCUUUAAAAUGAAUAUUUCAGAUCUUGUACAAUUUAUGAAUAUAUUUAAACAGGAUUUGAAUGUAAUGAAGUUGUUUUUAAAGUCCCAUGACUCUGAAGGAGCAGCUGCAGGUGUUUGUAAGUGAACUUCAUCUCUUCACCACUAGAGGACUCUAAACUAAACUGUGUAAUUAAACUACAUUCAAAACAUCUCUAGUUAAAGUCUUAUCGCUUCUUAUUGAUUUGUUCAUCAGUAGUUGAUACCUUUAGUAAUUUCAGUCUUCACCUUUGACUUUUAUAACACAGACCUUUGUGACAUAAUGAAUGUAGACACAAUUGGCUAGUACAGAAUAAAUAUAAUUCACAAAUAUAUAGAUGCUAUGUACACAUGUGCACAUUAAAUAAAUAUUGAAUAAAUAGUUGCAGAUUUAUAAAGACAUUUUUUUUUGUAAAAUUUAGCAUUGGUUGCAAGGUCAAAGCAUUAAAGUGAUUAUUAGACAUUCAUGUCUUUGGAUAUCAACGUUAAUAUUUCACAAAGCUCACUGUGAUAGCACUUUGUGUAAAAUUAAAGCUGGACAGGAAAAUGGUUGUCACAUAUCUGUUCACACCACUCAAAUGCACACACAAACAUCAACUAACAGACAACCACACAUCUCACGUCCACCAACACAACAAAACCACAUUACUUUCCACCUAUUGAAUGAUGUUAUAACUCAUGCAGAAGACAAGUUUUAACUUUCUUUUUUACUUGAAUCCAUUUAAAAACAAAGCUUUAUUUCUACUUAAUAUUUUAAAGCAAUAUGUUGAUGAUAUCACAUUUAACUAGUUUAGUGCAGGAUGAUCAAAUGAGUUUUAGAGAGAUGACGUGUGUGUGAAACUGAUGGUGGUCUCGUUCAGUUGUUUCAUCUAACGGAAGUCGGUAGCAUCGACCACAUCACACUCAUAUUGUCUUUUAAACUAAAGUAAGACUUUUACAGCCUUCUGAAGUGAUGAAGAAAAUGUUUGACAUGUUUGAUUUUCUCUGUUUGUGCUUCUGCUGUCUGAUGGGUGUGUUUGGUGAUGAAGUGAAGUCAGUGUCAGUGAUGGAGGGAGAUUCUCUUACUCUACACACUGAUACUAAACUAAAGAGAGAUCUGAUCGAGUGGAGGUUUGGACCAAGCAAAACUUGUAUAGCUAAAAUCAUUAAAGGACUCAAUAAGAUCUCAAUAAAUAUUGAUGAUUUUGAUGUGAGAUUCAGAGACAGACUGCAGGUGAAUAAUCAGACUGGAGAUCUCACCAUCACAAACAUCACAACUCAACACGCUGGAGAUUAUAAAAUGAGCAUCAGUGGCACACACAAAAUCUCAAACAGAUUCAAUGUUACUGUCUAUGCUCGUCUGCCCGUUCCUAUCAUCUAUAGUUACUGUCCACAAAACUCAUUAUCAAUCUCAAAUUGUUUAUUAUUGUGUUCAGUGUUGAAUGUGAGAGAUGUGAGUCUGUCCUGGUACAAAGGAAACAGUUUAUUGUCCAGCAUCAGUGUGUCUGAUCUCAACAUCAGACUCUCUCUACCUCUGGAGGUUGAAUAUCAGGAUACAAACACAUACAGAUGUGUACUCAACAAUACCAUCACAAACCAAACUCAACAUCUCAACAUCAAUCAUCUCUGUCAGACGUGUUCAGGUGAUGUUUGUGUUUAUUUACUGAAUCAUUUAUUUAAUAGCAGAUUAUUCAACUUUAUUGUCUAUUAA